AUGGAACGUUCACACAUGCGCAGUAGCAAGCAUGGUUUUGUUCGGAGAGAAACUCAUUUCAACCACCGCGUUAAGAAUUUAAAUAAAUAGUCUGUAUGGAGGUAAAUAUAUGACCUGUUUGUUUUCAGUGACACAACAACUACUAACCCACCUGUGAGGCAGUCGACAGGUUCAAUUUAAUGUCAGGACCUUAAAAAGUCACUAAAGAUGCCGCUCUUUGGAAACGCGUUCAGUCCGAAGAAGACACCGCCUCGUAAAUCUGCAUCUCUGUCCAGCCUUCACACGUUGGAUCGUUCAACAAGAGAAGUCGAGCUGGGCCUUGAGUAUGGACCCCCUGUGAUGAACAUUGGAGGUCAAAGCUGGAAAUUUGAAGAAGGGCAGUGGAUAACAGAGUCUGGUGGGAAUGCCUCUGGUAGGGAAUUGCAGCGGCUUAAGAAAAGGAAUGUGCAGCUGGAGGAAGAGAACAACCUCCUGAAACUCAAGAUUGAAAUUCUCCUGGAUAUGUUGACAGAGACGACCGUCGAGUUCCACCUGAUGGAGAAAGAAGUGGAAGAUAUAAAGACUCAACAUCGAAGGAAGAAAUGACAAAAAAAAAGUGCUCUUGCUUUCUCAUAAUGAGAAAGUGUUUUUAUUAGAAAAGCAGCUGCCGCUGAAUCUGAUCUAGUGAUUUUUUUAUUUGUCAUGUUUUGCAUCUGUUUAAUCAUUAUACAUUUAAAACAACUGUGAACCUCUUUGUUCAACACACAGCGUAUUUUCUAUAUCUUUGACAUCUGUACGGCUAGUAUAAAGCUGACGGUUUCUCUUUAAGAGUUUUUUGUAUUUAUUGUGUUUUCUAUUCAGAAUAAAAGUAAAAAAUCUAUCAAA